CCGUUUGGGCACAAAAUCGGCCGUGUCAACCUCCUCCCCUCUAUCGCUCUCCACCCCGACCCCGCCGUCCGCCGCCUCCCCUCAUCUCCCCUCGUCACUGCCGGCAUCUACCGCCGCCCACCGCCCACCGCCGUCCACCUUUGCUCCACCUCCGCUUCUCCCUCCCCGGCACCGCUUCUCCCUCCCCGACACCGCUUCUCUGCGUCUUCGAUCCGAAAGGUGAUGGUCCGAGAUGGAGCAAGAAAGAGGGGAUACGGUGGACGAGGUGCUCUACGAGAUCCGUCACCACGCAAGGCGGGCUCUAUCCUCAGAUCCAUCUUUGCAACAGAUGGGCAAAGGAUUUAAAGCAGGUUUAUUGUCCUAUCUUUCAGUUCAAGGUGUAAACCGACUUAAAGAGAAGUGGAAUGAGUAUAGGCGGCCGAGGACAUUCAAAAAGAGGAUUUCGCUUUUUGUCUCUCCAGAUGGCGAGCAUGUUGCUGUAGCUGCUGACAAUCAAAUCUUUAUCCUGCAAAAGGAUGAUGACCACAUGGAGCCGUGUGGCAUCUUUACCAGUAACGACAGACUCACUGUUUUUACAAAUGGCGCUUGGUUGGAACCUCAUGGUAUUCUUGGUGUCAUUGAUGACAUGAGUACCCUUUACUUCAUCAAAGUGAAUGGAGAGGAAAUGACAAGGAGAACUAGGAACCAAUUGAAGUUGUCUGCACCUAUCACUGACCUUGCAGUGCAGGAUGAGCUCAACUCAAAAAAAUCUUUCUUGUGUGGUUUCUGCAUUAUUACAGCAGAUGGUUUGAUUCACCAUGUUGAGGUCACUCAAGAGCCUAGUGCAUGCACUUAUCCAAUUUCUUCUUCAAGCAGUUGCAUAAUGCAGAGGGGUCAGUUCCCUCAUAACGUGUCAUGCCUGGACUUUCAUCCAUUCCUUUCUUUGGCAGUUCUAGUUGCUGAUUCUAGUGUCUCAGAAAACUCUAAAGACUGUCCUGGGACCUAUAGUCUAUAUGUGUUGCGUAUCACCAAAAACUCAGAGCUAGAGAUAAUGUUCUGUAGUCCUCAACUUGAAGGAUUAUUUUCUUGUCCUAAAAGUCAUACAAGCCUCUUAACAUCUCCAAAAGUUGCAAUCUCACCACAGGGCAAGUAUGUGACUACUCUUGAUUUGAAUGGAUGCUUAAAUGUUUUCAAGCUAGACAGUGAAGUGUAUUCUCUUUCCCUUCUUCCUAUUGCUGAAAGGGAGCACCAACACAUUUCAGAUUAUUUGGCAUCUGGGAAGAAGAAAUACUUUAAUGAUAUCAUUGAUGUCAGUUGGUGGGCUGAUCAUAUACUUACUUUUGCAAAGAAAAGUGGCAGUCUCAUCAUGUAUGAUAUUAUCAGAGGUAUGGAAGUUAUGGAGAAUGAUCAAAUUUCUGUGUCAAUCAUAGAAAGAGUCGAGCAUCGCCAAGGGUUUGUUUUCAUUUUGGAGGGUACAACAUCUGGAGAUUCUAUGUCUGGGCAUAUAGGAAAAAGUUCCCAGCAUAUUGAGCAUGACACCUAUGAAAACAACGACCAGCCAGAUACUGAUGGAUUUUGCUGGAGUUUGAUGUCAUUAUCUGAGAGAUCUGUCUUAGAAAUGUACAAUAUUCUGAUCAGCAAUCAAGAAUAUCAGGCUGCCUUGGACUUCGCCUCUCGUCAUGAUCUGGACACAGAUGAAGUCUUCAAAGCACAAUGGAUGCAUUCUGAUCAAGGCAUUCAUGAAAUAAACAUGUUCUUAUCUAAAAUUAAAGAUCAGACAUUUACACUAUCAGAAUGUGUAGACAGAGUAGGACCUACUGAGGAUGCUGUGAAGGCUUUACUUUCUUAUGGGAUUCAUGUUACUGACCAGUAUGUAUUUUCGGAUUCCGAUGACAGCCAGUGCAGCUUGAUAUGGGAUAUGAGGAUGUUUCGGCUUCAGCUAUUGCAAUAUAGAGACAGGUUGGAAACAUUUGUGGGGAUAAACAUGGGAAGGUUUUCAUCACAGGAAUAUUGCAAGUUCCGUUCUGUGCCUCUCACUGAAGUUGCUCUAGCUCUUGCUGAAAGUGGCAAAAUUGGGGCCCUUAACCUGCUCUUCAAGCGUCAUCCUUAUUCAAUCUUUCCUAGAAAUUUGGACAUCCUGUCAUCUAUCCCAGAGACGGUACCUGUUCAAUCUUAUGGUCAGCUCCUACCAGGGAGGUCUCCUCCUAGCAUCAUUGUUCUACGAGAUGGUGAUUGGGUUGAAUGUGAAAAGAUGGUAUCCUUUAUAAAUAAAUUACCAAAUGGUUCUGAGAAAAGUGAUCAAUUUUUGACUGAAAUCAUAUUGAAGCAUUCCAAAGGCCUUGUUUGGCCAUCAGUUGCUGAACUUUCUGACUGGUACAAGAAUAGAGCAAGGGAAAUUGAUAACUUAAGUGGGCAGCUGGACAAUUGCCUUUCUUUGGUGGAGUUUGCAUGUCGCAAGGGUAUUGUGGAGCUGCAGCAGUAUCUUGAAGACAUCUCAUACUUACAUCAUCUCAUCUAUUCUGAUGGAUCAGAUCAAGAUUUUAUUAUGAGUCUUGUCACCUGGGAACAAUUGCCAGACUAUGAGAAAUUUAAAAUGAUGCUCAAGGGAGUUAAAGAGGACAUGGUAAUGCAAAUACUGCAGGAAAGAGCUAUUCCAUUUAUGCAAAACCGAGAUUUUGCUGAAUGCUUAGGUUCUCAAAUUCAGGUAAAAGAAGACCAAUACUUUGCACAUUGUGCAUAUGAAGAAUCAUUCCUGGUCAGAUGGUUGAAGGAGAUCGCUGCAGAGAAUCGGUUAGAUAUAUGUUUGGCAGUAAUUGAAAAUGGAUGUGGGGACUCACCAGUUGAUGGCCUUUUUAGAGAUGAAAGAGAAACAAUAGAAACUGCACUGCAAUGCAUAUAUUUGUGCACUCUUACGGAUCAGUGGAAUAUGAUGACAUCAAUUUUGUCAAAGCUUCCGCGGAAUAAAUUAAGAGAGAAUUCAUCUGAAGCUGGCACAGAUUUUACUCCAAGGCAUGGUAUGGGGAGUUUUGGAACUCCCAAGUUUUCUAACACGACCAAUCAACUUGGAAAAUCACAACUGCUGUCAAAAUCAGCAAGCUUGCACAAAGGAGUAUCUGUUUCAGAAAAUUCUGGAGGAUGCGCUAACCAAUUAGAUUCUGAUCUAAUCAAUGAUAACUUGGAAAAGAGAAUAAAAGUUGCAGAAGGCCAUGUAGAAGUGGGGAGGCUGUUGGCAUAUUAUCAGGUCCCAAAACCAAUGAGUUUCUUUUUGAGUGCUCAAUCAGAUGAAAAGAAUGUGAAACAACUUCUUCGACUUAUUCUGUCAAAGUUUGGCCGUCGGCAGCCCAUUAGAGCAGAUAAUGAUUGGGCUAACAUGUGGCGAGAUAUGCAAUGUUUUCAGGAGAAGGCAUUUCCUUUCCUUGAUUUAGAGUAUAUGCUAACUGAAUUUAUUAGAGGGCUUUUAAAAGCUGGUAAAUUCUCCCUUGCAAGGAACUAUCUUAGAGGGACAGGUUCAAUUGCUUUGACUACGGAAAAGGCUGAAAAUCUUGUUAUUCAAGCAGCAAGGGAAUAUUUCUUCUCAGCUUCAAGUCUGUCCUGUAAUGAAAUCUGGAAGGCUAAGGAAUGUUUAAGUCUCUUUGCAAAUAGCAGAAGUGUUAAAGCAGAGGCUGAUAUUAUUGAUGCUCUCACCAUCAGACUUCCAAAUCUUGGAGUGACUCUUCUUCCUGUGCAGUUUAGACAGAUACGAAAUCCUAUGGAAAUCAUUAACAUGGUGAUUUCAAGUCAAACUGGAGCGUAUCUCAAUGUAGAGGAACUUAUUGAAAUUGCUAAAUUGCUUGGAUUGAGCUCUCAGGAUGAUAUAGCAGCUGUAGAGGAAUCUGUUGCAAGAGAAGCAGCAAUUGCUGGUGAUCUGCAACUGGCUUUUGAUCUUUGUCUGGUUUUGGCAAAAAAAGGGCAUGGACCGAUUUGGGACCUCUGUGCUGCAAUUGCAAGGGGUCCGCAUCUUGACAACAUGGAUACAAAUUCUCGAAAGCAACUUUUGGGUUUUGCUUUGAGCCACUGCGAUGAGGAAUCAAUUGGGGAGUUACUGAAUGCUUGGAAGGAGGUUGAUAUGCGUCUUCAACUUGAGCAGCUUAUCACUUCGACAGGGACAAAUCCUCCAAACUUCUCUAUUCAAGGCCCUUCAAUUGUAUCACUUCCUGUCCAUAGUGUUCAAGAUAUAUUUGACAUAAGAGACAGCUCAGAAUCUGUGCAACUUGAUCCUUGUAACAAAAGAGGGAAUGAUGAUGUUAACUUUAAUAGUAUAAAGCAAAUACUUUCCAACGUUGGCAAGGACUUACCAAGUGAAGGUGGGAUUAAAUGGGAUUCUCUUUUGAGGGAAAAUAAGCGAGUCUUAUCAUUUGCUGCAUUAGAGCUUCCUUGGCUUCUGGAGUUAUGUGGUAAAGAAGAAUAUUGUAAAAAAACAAUUCCUGGCACAAAAACUUCUUUUAGAAAGCAUAACAUUUCCAUACAAAUGCAAGUUUUGGUCAGUAUCCUCUAUUGGUUGGCCAGCAAUGGUAUUGUGCCAAGUGAUGAUCUGAUUGCAUCUCUUGCAAAGUCCAUCAUGGAACCUCCUGUCACUGAAGCAGAUGAUGUUCUUGGGUGCUCAUUUUUGUUAAAUCUCGUGGAUGCUUUCCAUGGAGUGGAAAUAAUAGAGGAACAACUGAAAAGAAGAGAAGCAUAUCAAGAAAUUUACAGCAUCAUGAAUAUGGGGAUGGCAUAUAGUUCACUGAACAACUCUCAGAAAGAAUGCUCAAGUCCUAAUCAGAGAAGGAAGAUGUUGCUGAACAAAUUCCAUGAAAAGCAUGCAUCAUUUAGUUCAGAUGAAAUAGACCAGAUUGAUAAAGUGCAAUCCACAUUCUGGAGAGAGUGGAAAACAAAGUUAGAAGAGCAGAAACAGCUUGCUGAUCAAGCAAGGGCACUGGAGCAAAUCAUUCCUGAAAUAGAAACUGCCCGCUUUUUAUCAGGGGACGCCGAUUACAUCAAGAAUGUUGUUUUUUCCUUCAUUGAUUCAGUAAAGAUGGAGAAGAAACAUAUUCUUAAAGAAGCAGUUAAGUUGGCUGAUACCUAUGGCUUGAAUCGUACCGAGGUGCUACUACGAUUCUUUGGCUGUGCUCUAGUAUCUGAACAUUGGGGAAAUGAUGAUAUUCUUGCUGAAGUUUCAGAAUUUAGAGAGGACAUAGCCAAAUGUGCUACAGGAGUCAUUGAUAUGAUCUUCUUCAUUGUCUACCCAGAAAUUGAUGGGCAUAACAAGCAACGGCUUUCCUACAUCUAUAAUAUACUCUCAGCCUGCUUCUUGCGUUUGAGGAGAACUGAAGAUCCGGCAUUGGUGACAUACUUGGAACAAGGACAUAUGCACAUCCUCGAGCCAUUUCAAUUUUAUAAAGUUCUUGAACAAGAAUGCCAGAGAAUAUCUUUCAUCAAUGGACUGAACUUCAAAAAUAUUGCUGGACUGGAUGAUUUAAAUUUUGAGCAUUUCAAUGAAGAAGUCUGCAAUAACAUCCAUGAAUCUACUGUGGAAUCUCUAGCAGAUACAGUGCGGUCCCUUGUUAGUCUAUAUGAUGAUUCACAAGCCAAGGGUCUCAUAUCAUGGGAGGGUGUUUACAAGCAUCAUGUUCUAGGCCAAUUGGCAUUUUUAGAAGGCCGAAACGAAGCAAGGUCAAAUAGCAUAAAUGCUGAUGAGUUGCAAGCCCUUAUAGAAGUGAAUGAGCUGAAUUAUGACAGCUGCAAGAAAUAUGUCAGAGCUCUGUCAAAAGCAAAUAUAUCAUACAUUAUCGGGACAUACUGCACACUAUGUUUUCCUUGUAAUUUUUCUAGGAGCCUGCCAGAUGAACCUGCAUGGAAGGAUUGUCUGAUUGUGCUUUUAACUUUUUGGAUCAGAAUGGUUGAAGAUAUUCCAGAUAAAUUGACUGCUGAAGACUUUCCAGAAAAGCCUCUCCGUUGUGAUCCGAAGAAUCUGUUGAGAUGUCUGAAAGUUUUUAAAAUAUUGGUGAUGGAAAAUGAGGUAUCUGCCGAUCAAGGAUGGAGUACUGUCUCCAACUAUGUUAAAUUUGGCCUUGUGGGUGGUUUGACUUCAGACAUCUUACCUUUUUGCAAAGCCAUGGUUUUUUCGGGGUGUGCUUUUAGAUCAAUUGCUGAAGCAUAUUCUAAAGCAGAACCACAUCCAGCAGUCUCAAGUUUGGACAGCAAAGGUCAGGAUCUUCUCGAUCUCUACAUCAAUUUGAUGGAUACAGUUUUAUCAGAUUUAAGGAGUUCCAAUGAGCGCCAAAACUUGCAUCAUCUGCUGUCCUCUCUGAGCAAGUUGGCAGGUAACCACAACGAAGAUCUUAUGAUGAUCAGAUCUAAAGUGUGGGGAAAACUAAGUGCAUUUUCAGAUAACAUGCAGCUGGAAAGUAACAGACGGGUGUAUGCUUUGCAGUUGAUGCAAUCAAUCACAGGAAGAAAUCUCAAAAGCCUUCCAGCUGAACUUGUUUCAGAGGUCGAGCCAUGGGAAGAAUGGGAUGAGUCUGGCUGCAUGAAGACUGAUGUGGCUGCAGAGGGAGUUGAUGUGUCUAACAGUAUUACAAGUACCUUAGUUGCCCUUAAAUCAUCGCAGCUGGCUGCAGCAAUUUCCCCAGAUAUUAAGAUCACUCCAGAGGAUCUAAUGACCAUUGAUGCAGCAGUGUCUUGUUUCUUAGGCUUAUCGAAGAGUGUCGAUUCUGCAGAAAAUCUACAUGUUUUGCAAGCUGUUUUAGAGGAAUGGGAAGAGCUAUUUUCUGCGAGAGUAGAGAAGGAAAUGAGCACUGAAUCACCUAAGGAAUCCACCAACUGGAGCAGUGAUGAUUGGGAUGAGGGCUGGGAAAAUCUUCCAGAAGAGUUGGUCAAUAUGGAUGGAAAACAAAAUGGUUGUAUCAUCGUUCGUCCCCUUCACACUUGUUGGAUGGUGAUCAUUAGAAGGUUCAUUGAACUUUCCAAACCCAGUGUCGUGUUGGAAUUGCUGGCACAAUCAUCAUCGGUGACUGAUAGUACAUUGCUAAAUGAAGAUGAGGCCCGAAGCAUGUUUCAGCUUGUGGUUGGUGUUGACUGCUUCAUGGCUCUGAAAAUGCUUCUGCUGCUCCCUUAUGAGGACCUUCGUUCUCAAUGCUUACGAUCUGUGGAGACUAAACUUAGAGAAGGAAGCAUUUCCAGUGCAUCAAAUGCAAAUGAUUAUGAGCUUCUAGCACUUCUAUUAUCAUCCGGAGCCCUACAUCAGAUUGCCGCCGAUCCAUCCUAUUCCAAAGUGCUAUCUCACAUCUGCUUUUCGAUGGGCCAUCUUGCUCGGAUUUGCCAGGAAGAUAUGCUUAAAUUUAGCAAGGGUGAUGGAAGCAGGCCACACCAGAAUAGCUCAUUGCUAUUUGCAAGGGUUCUGUUGCCAUGUUUCAUAUCCGACCUCGUCGCCGCUGGACAACCUGUGCUGGCUGGAUUUAUCAUUUCCCAGUGGAUGCACACCCAUGCAUCCCUCGGCCUUAUUGAUGUCGUCGAGGCGAGUCUAAGAAGGUAUUUGGAAGGACAGUUCCUCCAAGCACAGGCACGAGGUGGUGGUGAGGUUGGUUUCGAAGAGUUGGAUUCAUGCGGGUCCUUCGUGUAUGCAGUUUCCAGUCUAAGAGUUAAGUUGGUAAACCUGCUGCAGUCUGCUUUGUUGGCUCUUCCAGAUAACAAUGCAAAAUAAGAUCAAAUUUUUGCUAUUGUACAUGCGAAUGUAUUUGAUGUAAUAUCAAUAGUUCUAUGAUGAUAGAUUAGGAAUAUAUGCACAAUAUCCAAGUCCAUAGAAAUAUUCAAUGAUUUGAAAAGGAUUUUUUCCCACAC